AGAGAGAGAGAGAGUGAGCAUGCCUUCGUCGCACAGUAAACGCGAAGAAGAAGAAGAUAUAGCUCCCGAGGAAGACGACUCAAACAGAGACGAAGCCAAUGCCAAAACCUCCAAUUUCUACGACGUUUACGGCCCUCAAGCUAAAGCAGGUGUGGAGUUCAAGACUCCAGAAGCUAGCUCUACUCUGAAUUUCGAAGAAGUUCAACAACUAGUGACGUGGGUGCUUGCUGAUGGAUUCAUGCCGUCUUGGGUUUUUGUUAAGAACAAGCCCCUCAUCCCCAAAGUGGUUAUGCUUUAUGUUCCAGGCCUGGAUGCAGCUCUAUAUUUAUCGCAGCAUCGACUAUUUAAGGGUCUCGAAAAAUGCUGUGGCAAACCUAGGCCAGUUUUAGCACUCAGAUAUAUGUCGCAUGAAAAUCAGACAAUUGAUGCGCUCCUCACAAGCAAACUAAAAAGAAAGAGGGAAGAAAGUGAUCCAGCUAGAACAAAAUCCAACCCGGAAAAUCAACAUGAUGAUCCAUCCCCUGGGGAGCUUCUGAAAGAUCUACCUUUCCCAAUUACAUUUUACACUCUUACAACAAAACAAUUGGAAGACAAUAAUUAUGUCCUCAAUCAACCAGGUUUUCUUUCUACUCUUCCUGCUCCUUCUGGAUCAUCUCCUAAUGAAAUGUUAGCACUUGAUUGUGAGAUGUGUAUCACAGAAGAGGGGUUUGAGCUAACAAGAGCCACGCUGGUGACUAUAAAAGGAGAGGUUAUACUCGAUAAAUUGGUUAAACCUACAAAUGCCAUCAAAGAUUAUAACACCAGGUAUAGUGGAAUCACACCUGAGAUGUUAGACGGGGUGACUACAAGCCUCAAAGAUAUUCAGGAGGACUUCCUAAAGCAGGUUUACAAAGAGACUGUCCUAGUUGGACAUUCGUUGGAGAAUGACUUAUUAGCAUUAAAAAUCAGUCACAAUCUCGUGAUUGAUACAGCAGUAUUGUACCAGCACCCUGGUCCGCGAUCUUACAAAGCUGCUCUUAGAGUUCUUGCCAAGAGAUAUCUUAAAAAAGAGAUACAGCAGUCAGGGAAUGGUCAUGACAGUACUGAAGAUGCAAGAGCUGCUAUGGAACUGGCGCUUUUAAAGAUUAGACAUGGACCUGACUUUGGUACAGGACCAUCAGUUUUCCGGAAAAAGCUACUAAAAGUUUUGAGUGAUAAUGGAAAGACCACCUCUAUCAUUGAUGAUGUUGCAAUUGUAAAGCGCUAUGCCUCUGAAUCAUCCCAUGCAUUUCCUGUGGCCUCUGAUGAGGAAGCUCUAUCUAAAGCUGUAAAGGAGGCAAGGAAUGAGAAAGUGCACUUUGUCUGGACUCAAUUCUCAGAAUUACAUCGUUUUUUAAAGAAUCAAGCAGAGGAUGCUGAGAAAUUAAAUGCAAGACUUGCUCAGAUGAUAAGCAUGCUUACAUGCCAUAAGAAGUCUGGAGAUAAAAAAGGUAUCAGAUGGAGUUUGACUUCUGAACUAAAGGAAAUUCUUAUUUGCCUGGACACUAGAAUACGUUCUCUUUAUGCUGCACUGCCCACUAGUGCCAUGCUUAUCAUUUGUACCGGUCAUGGAGAUAUAGCAACUGUAGACAGAUUAAACAAAAUGCUUUCGGAACCUGUGGAAACCACGAUGUGUCGGGAUAGCAUUGUAAAGGUUUUAGCGGAGCUCAAGGCCCAAGCUGAGGUAGCUUUAUGUUUUGUGGGUGUGAAGUGAGUAUCGUCGUCCCAAGUCCAUUUUAUAACCUUGUCGUUUAUACGGUUUUGAUAGUUUUGAUGUAAUAAACUCGUAGCUUGAACAUAUUUAACAAUUUAUGUAAAAGCUGUUUCAAUAUAUCAAAAAAAAUUAACCCAUUUAUACAG